CACACACUUUCGCACUCAUCGGCAACAUCAACUCAACCCUCGAUAAUCACAUACACAAGAGCUUGCGCGCUGCAGUCGUUGUGUAAUUCAAUUCAAGAUGCCGGAAGCAGGUAGCAGAUUAUAUGUGAAGGGGCGGCACAUCAGCUACCAGAGGGCGAAGCGCAACACCAACCCCGGCACAAGUCUGCUGCAGCUAGAGGGUGUUAACACCGCUGAGGCCGCAAAGUUCUACCUGGGCAAGAAGGUCGCAUACGUGUACCGCGCACAGAAAGAGGUCCGAGGCAGCAAGUUCCGAGUCAUCUGGGGAAAGAUCACACGGACACACGGCAACUCUGGUAUCGUCCGCGCACAAUUCCGCAACAACCUUCCACCAAAGUCUUUCGGUGCCUCUGUUCGUGUCAUGUUGUAUCCAUCCAACAUAUAGAAGGAAAGAUCAGCUGGAAAGCGUCGCAUGGACACAAAAGUGUGUGAUUGCGCAUAGAGGAGGGAAAGACGGAAGCGAGCGGAUCUUUUACACUCACCAUUGAGGGAUUGUACCAUGCUCGAGAACAAUCUCGUUAUACUCAUUUGGGCAGGUGUCUUGGGAUGAUGGCUUUUCACGGCAAGGUACCAUGAGCAUUAGUUGGGUCCAGAUCACAUCCCCAGAAUGCAAAUUCAAAGAUCACAUAACCUUCUGACGCUUUGUGACCCGUAUGCCCAACUCCUCAAUCGCAUUGUAGCACGUGAUGAGGUUUGCUACAUCCAAGUUUGAUGCGAAAUGCGCAACUCCAUAAAACUAUUCUCGAUAUCGUUAUCAGAAUUAAAUUUAUCUAUUGGUUCCAUCA